AUGUUACAGAUGGUCUCGUCAGAAAUGGAUACUGCCAUAGAGGCGCGGUCGAUAGCCACGUCUCCAUUAAGCCAGAAAAUCUCUCCAUUGAGUCAAAUACAAAAAGACAAGCUGCUAGUCAUCCAAUGGGAACAUCUGAAUCUCUAUAAAUUUUAUCCGAUGGCAUUGUGCAGUUCGUGGACAAUCAGAUGCAUGCUUUAUCCAAUGUCCGUUGUGAAAAGCAGGUUACAGUUACAACGGCAGAAUAAUGUGUAUAAUGGAAUGCGAGACGCUUUCGUCAAAAUUAUCAGACACGAGGGUAUCGGAGCCUUGUAUAAGGGUUUCUGGAUGACACUUCCCCAACUAUCCGCCUCAUUUCUCUACUCAUCAGCGUAUGAACGUGUUCGUGACUUGCUCCAAACCCAUCUCCAUAUCACUAAUCACUCUGUAGUAUCCGCGCUGGCGGGAGGCAUCGCUUCGCCGUGUGCUCAACUCAUUUUUGUACCUACAGACAUUGUAGCUCAACAUAUGAUGGUUCACAACAAUCCGGAAGCGUUUGGAGGAGGAAAAAAGAAUAUCCCAGUGGCAGAUGCGAUCCGGAAGGACGGUCUGGAAGGCAAACGUACACUGGGACUACGAGUGAUUCGAGCAGUUUAUAAUGUUGACGGAAUCUCUGGAUUCUAUAGAGGAUUCUUGUCAGCCAUCAUGCUGUACAUUCCGUCGACGAUGGUCUUCUGGUCGACGUAUUAUAACUCGCUGGCGGUGUUCAGAAUGAUUCGAGAGAAGGUCACCGAACUGGAAUACGGUGUGAAACCAACGUCUCCAGCUGAAGUCGAUGAUCGGAAUCUGUUCUUGGAUCAAGCAGUGAGCGGAUCGAUUGGAGGCGUCGCCAGUGCGAUGGUCACGAAUCCGUUGGAAAUGCUGAGAAUUCGGUUGCAGGUUCAUCGAACGACAUACAGAGAAACGAUAGUGAGGUUGUGGAAAUAUGAGAAAUCGCAAGUUUUUACAAAGGGUCUCGCUCCACGAAUGGUGAAUAACGCGCUCUACUCGAGUCUCGUAAUGCUGGCAUAUGAGAGUGUGAAGCGAUUUUCAGUGCUGCCCGAAUUCAAAAACAAGAUCGUCUGGUGA